GCUGGGAGGGCCGGUGAGUGUGGAAGCAAUACUAUGCAUCAUGAUCUCAGAGAUAAUAGCAGGAGUAAUGGUCUCAUAUGCAGCAUGCUCUAUGGUGUUGCUCUUUUUCCCUGGUCUACUGCACAAGAAAAAACAGCCAGCUUUUAUGUGUCAACACAUCAGCCAUAGGGGAGGUGCGGGGGAACGCACAGAAAACACGUUGACUGCGUUUGAAUACGCGGUGAAGGAGUGCGGCACGGACAUGCUGGAGCUGGACUGUCAGCUGACGCGAGACGGCCGGGUGGUGGUGGCGCACGACUCGGACCUGCGGCGCGCCGGCCGGCCGGGCGUCACCUUCCCCGAGCUGGACUACGACGAGCUGCCGCCGCUGCUGCACCAGCUGCCGCUCGACUUCGUGCCCGGUCGGGUGUUCGACGCCUCGGGUUGGCCGGACCGGCGCAUGCCGCUGCUGCGACACGUGUUCCAGCGCUUCCCCGACACGCCCAUCAACGUCGACAUCAAGGUGGACAGCGACCGGCUGAUCGCGUCCGUCGGCCAGAUGGUGUCUGAGUUCGGACGGCAGCGGCUGACCGUUUGGGGAAACCGCUCCGCCACCGUCACCAGCAAGUGCUACAAACAGGACCCGAGCAUCCCGCUGCUCUGCUCAGCAAGCUGUGUUGUCAAGAUUGUAUUAUCUGCUUACGUGGGCCUGUUGCCGUUCCUUCCGCUGAGGGAGACGUUCUUCGAAGUGCCCAUGCCGAGCAUACUGUACCGCGCGGUGAAGGAGUGCGGCACGGACAUGCUGGAGCUGGACUGUCAGCUGACGCGAGACGGCCGGGUGGUGGUGGCGCACGACUCGGACCUGCGGCGCGCCGGCCGGCCGGGCGUCACCUUCCCCGAGCUGGACUACGACGAGCUGCCGCCGCUGCUGCACCAGCUGCCGCUCGACUUCGUGCCCGGUCGGGUGUUCGACGCCUCGGGUUGGCCGGACCGGCGCAUGCCGCUGCUGCGACACGUGUUCCAGCGCUUCCCCGACACGCCCAUCAACGUCGACAUCAAGGUGGACAGCGACCGGCUGAUCGCGUCCGUCGGCCAGAUGGUGUCUGAGUUCGGACGGCAGCGGCUGACCGUUUGGGGAAACCGCUCCGCCACCGUCACCAGCAAGUGCUACAAACAGGACCCGAGCAUCCCGCUGCUCUGCUCAGCAAGCUGUGUUGUCAAGAUUGUGUUAUCUGCUUACGUGGGCCUGUUGCCGUUCCUUCCGCUGAGGGAGACGUUCUUCGAAGUGCCCAUGCCGAGCAUACUGUACCGGUUCGCCAACAGCGCGUGGGCCAAGUUUCCCGUGUGGCUGGCGGAUAAGCUGAUGAUGCGGCCGUUCAUACUGAACCACCUGCGCCGGCGCGGCAUGCAGGUGUACCUGUGGGUGCUGAACUCGGAGGCCGAGUACCGGCGCGCGUUCGAGCUGGGCGCCACGGGCGUGAUGACAGACUACCCGUCGCUGCUGCGCUCCUUCCUGCAGGACAAUCCGCAGUACUCGGCCCAGGUGCCGCGGCUCAAGUCGACCUCGCCCUGCCGCUAACUGCGCGGGUCGCCGCCCGUGUCGCUGCAGCCCGGUUCGCUGCGUCCGCCCGGCUGCCCCCGCCGGACUGCGGCCUCCGUACCGUUCGUCGGGUUUUCGUGCUGUUCCGGACAUUUGGCGGACGUCGCCUUCCACAUUUUCGCUUAGUUACCUGAUUAUUCCGCCGGUUGGGGUCGUGUUACGCGUAUCCGCCCGAGUAUGCGACCGGACUCGUCCAAGGCUCGUCCGGCUAUAUUUUCUCGCGUGGCUCUUCGCCUGUACCUGUAGGUCUGGUACCGAUCGCUCCGUAUUGCUCCAAUCUCCUUGCUCAAUUUGUAGGCGCGUGAGGCGCGACAUCGCCUCCUCAUAGUCCACUCACACCUCCAAUAAUCACCUGCCGCCACCCUACGCAUCUCAUUCCAUCACUUCGUCACACGACAGCGCCGGUGCCGGAGCCGCGACGUAGGGACGCGAGCUCCGCUCCCGUGGCUGCGCUAGCUGGUGCGGUGGGCGCUCGGAAUUGAAGGCAGCAGUCUGCCCUCUGUACCAGGAGCCGCGUCACCGUCUACGCGGGGGCGUUCUCGGGGUCCUCGGGACGCGAAGAGACGCGCUCACGCCCGGCUCCGCUUGAGGUGGUGUGCAGAGGUGCCGCAGGGAGUAGCGUGGUCACCAUGGGAUGGGUAGCUACCAGAGCACGUAUUGGUGGGCAAGAGGUUACUGGACCGUGCCCAUGAGCGCUUUAAAGCCGACAACAAAGCCCGGAGGGACGGUUAUGUGAUACGAUUUGAUCGUUGUUCCCAUUGAUGAGGAG